UAUUCAAUACUACACUCACUGCACUGACAGUGACUUAGGUAUUAUGAUAUAAUCAUUAUUUGUCGUCAACGAUAUAUUUUGAUUAUUAUACCGUCGCCGGAAUAAUUUAUAUUAUACUGUCACAUAAAUUGGUUAGUCCGAGUCACCCAAGAAGAACGGUUUAUCUUGUUCUCCAAAAGAGUUAUAAAAUUCCGAUCCAAAGCGACCGUAGUGAAUUUUAGACGAAAAGUAUCUCAUAGCAUAUUAUAGUACCUAUAUUACAAUAUUAUUAAUAUGACUCAGACCAGCAAGUCCRCCGUGGUUAUGGUCUACAAAAUCGGCUUCUUCUGCGUGCUGUUCGCUUCCGUCACCUCCGGCUCUUUGGUCGGCAGAGGAAAAGGACUGAUUCAGAAUGCUCUUAACAUGGGUGUUAGAAACAACAAUAACACUGACCGAAGCGACUGCGUGUACAAGCGAGAUUCUGACGACACAUGUCCUGGAGAGGAUAUACUUUUUCACUAUUACACACUCAGAAACACCGGUGGUGCUGGAAGAGAGGGAGGAGAAUACGGGUAUUCGAGAAUGCAGAAGCAACAAAUCGAAUUCACGUCACCCGCUUGGCUGCACUCAAGCGGAUGGGAUCGUUCGUUGCACACGGUGUUAAUUGUACACGGAUACGGAGGUGCGGGGCAAGACUACUUGCCCGGGGCUGUGCUUAGAGACGCGUACUUGAACAACGGAAAGUACAAUGUGUUCAUGGUGGACUGGGGAAAACUGUCAGCGAUUCCAUGUUACGCGGCCUCCGUUCACAACCUCAAGCCCGUGGCCAGGUGUAUGGCGGUCAUGUUGACACAUUUGAGAGCCGCUGGCCUGGACGUGGAUCAGCUCACGUGCGUUGGCCAUAGCUUGGGUGCACACCUGUGUGGCAUUAUGGCCAAUUACCUACCGUUCAGAAUGCACCGCAUUAUAGGUGUGGAUCCGGCUAAACCGUUGAUUCGUAACCGGGCGUCCAGUCGACUGGAUUCUGGAGACGCAGACGUCGUGCAGAUCAUACACGCCACGUCCAGGUACGGCGAUCUGAAGCGCAUGGGGCACGUGGAUUUCUGUCUGAAUGGCGGACACGUACAGCCGUUCUGUGCAAACUCUUCCGAUACUGAACUGUGCGGUCACACGAGGAGUGUCUGUUACUUGGCAGAGAGUUUGGACCCGGAUGUCGCUCGAAAAGCGGUACCGUGCACCAGAAGAUGUUUGCAGAGCGGCGAAGGAGGUUCAAGCUAUUCGGUCGUCAACUCUUUGGGACAGACGCCAUACGUCAUUCUGGGACAAUACACACCAGACGAGGUGAACGGCGUGUACUGUGUGACCAACUCGGACGCGCCUUACUGCUCUAAAACCAGCGUCAAGGGUAGUCCGUACUGCUGUCCGCCGCCGCCUGCAAAUGGCGUUAGCGUCGAUCACUUGAUGCGACUGCCCGAAGAUGAAUAAUACCACAGCGGCAACAACAACUGAAAUCACGGACGAGAGGAGGAAAAAUAAAAACCAAAAACACCAACAAAUCAUAAGACGUCUUAAUUUUAUUGUCUUUACACGAAUGUACAAAAUAUUAAAUAUUUGUUUUAAAUAUUACGUAAUGUAAGUCACAUAAAUACACACUUAUAUAUUAUAUAA